GCUGUGUAUAUAAGUAAGCAGUGGGUAGGCUUUUCAGCAGACAGAGAAAAACUAUGCUAGAGUACUGUAGAUGCAGAGAGGUGUGUGUAGUGUAUCAUCAGCCGUAUGUGACUGAGGCAGCAGCGUGGGAUCUACAGGAUGAUUGACAGUUGCCUGUGUUGAGUCACGUAGCAGAAUGCCCGGUGUGCCCUGCGGGGCCUUGCAACACCACACUGUGCCCGUAGCCUGUGCCAUCAUCUGUUCCUGGCUGUUGAUCCUGGUCCAUUCUGCCUUUUGCCAGAAACCUGCAAAGCUGCCUUUGGUGGGCCGCAAGCCUUUCCUGGCAGCCUGGAAUGCUCCACUGGAUAUGUGUAAGUUGAAGUACAAUAUCAACGUCAGCCUUGAUCUUUUCCAAAUCAGUGGCAGCCCACGAGCUGUCCACACGGGCCAAAAUGUCACCAUCUUCUAUGCCAACCGCCUGGGUUACUACCCUUUCUACAACGAGCAAGGGGUUCCCAUCAAUGGAGGCCUACCUCAGAACAGCAGCCUUGAAGCACAUCUUCACAAAGCCCGAAAAGACAUAGCACACUUCAUCCCUUCGGAAGACUUCCGUGGCCUGGCUGUGAUCGACUGGGAGUUCUGGCGGCCACAGUGGGAUCGUAACUGGAACAAAAAGUACAUUUACCGACAGCGUUCAAGAGAGCUGAUUGCACAGGCUUACCUUAAUGUGACCGACAAACAGGUGGAAGAGCUGGCACGCUUGCGCUUCGAGAAGAGCGCCAAAGAGUUCAUGCAGGGCACACUGAAGCUCGGUACACAAACUCGCCCGCACGGACUCUGGGGUUUUUAUCUCUACCCUGACUGUCACAAUUACAAUGUACAUGCACACGACUACAACGGCACAUGUCCCCAACAGGAGAUCAAACGCAAUGACCAGCUGUUUUGGUUGUGGAACAGCAGCACUGCCCUCUUCCCAGCCCUCGCUAUACGCAAAGGCCACAUGGACAGCAUUCACAACCUGCACUUCUCACAGAACAGGGUACUGGAGUCGCUGCGACUGGCCUCCCUUACCUCAUUGCCCUAUGAGCUGCCUACAUAUGUAUACACACGCUUGGGGUAUAGAGAUGAGGCCAUGGCAUUUUUGACCCAGGAAGACUUGAUACAUACAAUUGGAGAAAGUGCUGCUUUGGUGGAUCUUAACCUCACUUCUUCAAGGCACAACUGUUCCAAAGUAAAGGCAUUUCUGAACCAUAGACUGGGUCAGUACAUCACUAACGUUACCCAGGCAGCAGAAAUCUGUAGCGACUUACUGUGUCAGUCCAAUGGGCGAUGUGUCCGUAGAGACCCACAGGCACCACACUACCUGCACCUGAGCCGUGGCAGCUAUCGGAUCCUGUCCAAUCGAAACGGCACCUUCACCGUGACCAGACAGCCAUCUAAGAACGAGCGACAGAUGCUGGCCGACAAGUUCCGCUGUCACUGUUAUCAGGGGUAUGAAGGAGAGCGCUGUGAUAGCAUAGAGCCGGAGGAGAUAGAGGAGGACAACAUGAUCAAUGAGGAUGUGGAGAAGGAAAAGAAACCAGAGGUCAACAAAGACAUACAGGAUAGUGCUGUGCCUUUACAAAAAGCCUUCAUCCUGACUAUUCUACUCCUCUUGUUGAACUUCAGUUCUAUUUAGAGGUGAAGUGUGUAUUUUCUGUUUCAUAAAACAUGUUUACCAAAGAAGCCAGGCUUAUUUCAGUUAGUCUGACUUAAUUUGAACCAAAUCAACUGACAAUUAUUCAGACUAACUGAAAUAAAACUGGCUUAUUUGGUAAACUUGUUAUAUGACACAGGCCUCAGGUGGAACUGCAACAAUUAAUGUUUCCAAACAGGUUUCCCAAACACUCCCCCAAUUGGUUGAAUAAACAGGUAGCCCCACCCAAACUCACAUCAUUCAUUAAGAUACUGUUGGAAUGUUCAGCUGGUCAGAUUCACAUCAGAGAAAUGUUUUUAAAAUGCUACAAAGUCAAAGUUUACACUAGUUUUUUUU